AUGAAAUUCAUAGCUAUAUUCUUCUCACUUUUCCUUCUUAUUAACCUUACUUAUGCUGGAUUCAAAUGUACCUUAUGUCUUGAUGUCGUUAAGGAGUUAGAAGAUUACUUGAAUGCUCAUGAAGGAAAUAUUGAUGGAGCUGCUGAUUAUAUUUGUAAAAAAGUUACUGGAGGAAUUAGUAUUUUAGACCAACUCUGUGAAACUCUUAUGACUGAUGAAAUAAAUCAAUUGAUAAAAGGAAUUGAAGCUAAAGAAACUCCAGAACACAUUUGUCAAAAAAUUCACUUCUGUUAA